AUGGCUUUCCUUCUGGCAUCAGAGAUCUACCAUGUAGUGGGGAGUGUGGCCACUUCCGAAAAACUGCAACCGGCACAAAUGGUUGAAAGAUGCAUGAGUGUUAUGCAGUCUGGGACUCAGAUGGUUAAACUGAAGAGUGGAACCAAAGGGCUAGUUCGUCUCUUCUACCUGGAUGAACAUAGGACCUGCAUCCGAUGGAGACCAUCCAGAAAAAGUGAAAAGGCAAAAAUUGUCAUUGAUUCCAUUUACAAAGUUGCUGAAGGACGCCAGUCUGAAAUUUUCCACCGUCAUGCUGAGGGGAACUUUGACCCAAGCUGUUGCUUUACUAUUUAUCAUGGUAACCACAUGGAGUCACUGGAUCUGAUUACCUCUAACCCAGAGGAGGCUCGCACCUGGAUCACAGGACUGAAAUAUUUGAUGGCUGGAAUAAGUGAUGAGGACUCCCUUGCUAAACGACAGAGAACUCACGAUCACUGGGUGAAACAGACUUUUGAGGAAGCUGACAAGAAUGGAGAUGGUCUGCUGAAUAUUGAAGAGAUCCACCAGCUGAUGCAUAAACUAAAUGUUAACUUGCCCCGCCGGAAGGUCCGACAAAUGUUUCAGGAAGCUGACACAGAUGAGAAUCAGGGAACCCUAAAUUUUGAAGAGUUUUCAGUGUUUUACAAGAUGAUGUCCUUACGACGAGAUCUCUACUUAUUGCUCUUGAGCUACAGUGACAAGAAAGAUCACCUUACUGUUGAAGAACUUGCACAAUUCCUGAGGGUGGAACAAAAGAUGGAUAAUGUGACACCAGAAUAUUGUCUUGACAUCAUACAGAAGUUUGAAGUAUCAGAAGAAAACAAGGAGCAAAAUGUUUUGGGUAUUGAAGGUUUCACCAAUUUUAUGCGCAGUCCUGCUUGUGAUGUAUUUAAUCCACUGCAUUGUGAAGUACACCAGGACAUGGAUCAACCCCUUUGUAAUUACUUUAUUGCUUCAUCUCACAAUACGUACCUGACAGGAGACCAGCUGCUCUCCCAGUCCAGAGUGGAGAUGUAUGCACGAGUACUGCAAGAUGGUUGUCGAUGCGUUGAAGUAGAUUGCUGGGAUGGUCCAGAUGGAGAGCCAGUAGUGCACCAUGGCUAUACUCUUACUUCUAAAAUAUUCUUCCGGGAUGUGGCCGAAACUAUCAAUAAAUACGCCUUCAUCAAAAAUGAGUUUCCAGUGAUACUGUCUAUUGAAAAUCACUGCAGUAUUCAACAACAAAAGAAGAUCGCUCAGUACUUAAAGGAGAUAUUUGGUGACAAACUGGACUUGUCAUCUGUAAUCACUGGAGAUUCCAAACAGCUUCCUAGCCCUCAAAAUUUGAAAGGCAAAAUCCUAGUGAAGGGUAAAAAGCUGCCAUACAGUCUUGGAGAAGAUGCUGACGAAGGAGAAGUUUCAGAUGAGGAUAGCGCUGAUGAAAUUGAAGAUGACUGCAAGUUAAAGUUCUGCUAUAGUAAUGGUGCAACUGAGCACCAGAUGGAAUCUUUCAUAAGAACGAAACUUGAAUCUCUAAUAAAAGAAUCCCAAAUCAGGGAUAAAGAAGAUCCUGACAGUUUCACUGUGAGAGCACUACUAAAAGCAACUCAUGAAGGUUUAAAUGUUAACCUGAAACAGAACCUGGACAUGAAAGAAAGUGGAAAAAAAUCUCAUGGUCGAUCAUUAAUGGGCAACUUUGGUAAACACAAAAAAACUGUGAAGGCAAGCUCCAAAUCCCAGAGUACAUCUGAUGAUGAAGAAAGUCAGCAAAAUUCUGGAAAGGAAUCAGGACAGCUCCACAGAAUGGCUCGUCGAAGAAAAACUGUGAAGCUGUGCCGAGCUCUGUCUGAUCUAGUGGUAUACACAAACUCAGUGGCAGCCCAGGAUAUAGUAGAUGAUGGAUCAACAGGAAAUGUGCUAUCAUUCAGUGAAACAAGAGCUCACCAAGCAGUGCAGCAGAAAGCUGAACAGUUUAUGCUUUACAACCAGAAACAGCUUACAAGGGUAUAUCCAUCUGCAUAUCGGAUUGACUCCAGCAAUUUCAAUCCUAUACCAUAUUGGAAUGUUGGUUGCCAGUUAGUGGCACUGAACUACCAGUCUGAAGGACGCAUGAUGCAAAUAAAUGAAGCAAAAUUUAGGGUAAAUGGCAACUGUGGUUAUGUCCUCAAACCUCAGCAAAUGUGCAAAGGUACCUUCAACCCCUACUCUGCUGAUCCACUUCCUGCCAGUCCUAAAAAGCAGCUUAUUCUGAAAAUCAUCAGUGGACAGCAGUUACCUAAGCCUCCCGACUCAAUGUUAGGAGACAGAGGAGAGAUAAUAGAUCCCUUUGUCGAGGUGGAAAUUAUUGGAUUACCUGUUGACUGCUCUAAAGAUCAGACAAGGGUGGUUGACGACAAUGGGUUUAAUCCUGUUUGGGAGGAAACACUCACUUUUACCAUCCACAUGCCUGAAAUAGCUUUGGUUCGAUUUCUUGUUUGGGACCAUGACCCUAUUGGGCGAGACUUCGUUGGACAAAGAACUCUGGCCUUUAGCAGUCUUGUGCCUGGUUAUCGCCAUGUGUAUUUAGAAGGGCUCACAGAAGCAUCCAUAUUUGUUCAUAUAACCAUCAAUGAAAUCUAUGGAAAGUGGAGCCCUUUAAUCCUCAAUCCCAGUUACACUAUAUUGCACUUUCUAGGAGCCACAAAGAAUAAGCAGCUGAUAGGACUCAGAGGGCUGUUUAACAAGAACCCUAAGCACAAUUCUGCUGAAAACAACGGGCACUAUGUACGGAAGCGAUCUAUUGGCGAUCGAAUUCUCCGGCGCACAGCCAGUGCACCAGCAAAAGGUAGAAAGAAAAGUAAAAUGGGUGUUCUGGAAGCUAUUGAAAUUAAGGACAGUGCAUCUGAACCAACAGACCUGAAAGACAAAGGAGUUACAAGACGUACAACCCGGAGUUUGCAAGCACGGCCUGCUUCUAUGCCAGUGGACAAAUAUCUUAUAGGAUUACCAUGCACAGAAGGUGAAGCUGUUCAAGAUGCCAGAGGAAAAGAAAAUUCAUCUGCCAACAGUGAUGCUACAAGUAAGAAGGAAGCAAACUUGAAAGAAUCUGGUUUUACAUAUUCUGAGAAAAACACAACUACUUCUCAUUUGGCAUCUGUCUUUAAAAAAGAGAAUCCCCAGAUGGAGACUAAAACUGACCCUUCUCUAAUAGCACCCCUACAGGAAAAACAUGUAGCUUUUGCACAUGGGGUAGCUGAAACAGAUCACCUUGCAGGGUGUCAGGAAAAUCAUCUUUCUGGUGAAACUGUCCCUCUAAUACGGGACUCUGGUUUUGAACUUGUCAUAGAAAAAACAAAAGAUGAAAAUUGUGCAGACCAUAAAAGGGAAGAUGACACAAAAGUGUCUACAGAGGAGAAAAUAACACUGGUGGGAACUUCCCUUUCUCAGAAAGUAGAGGAUAUUGAAAAUCAUAAAUACGACAUCAUCAAGAAAAGCACCACAGCAGCUUUCAUGCUGACAGAUAUUUCUUCUACCAUCUGCUCUGAUCUUCUUGGUUUACACUCCACUUCAACCAUGCAAGACAGUGACAUUUCUCGUCUUAUAGACGAAGUUUCUUUAAUGAAUGAGAGUGAGAUGGAUAGCUCUGUCUCAGCACUGAUUGGACAGUUUGAUGCCACAAAUGACCAAACUAAUCUCACUGUAGUCUCAAGUCUCCAUGGAGCUAGCAGCCAGACCUUCAGUGUGAUGUCUGCAAAUCCGCAUAUGCUUACUGCAGAUGUUAACACUCCAUGUAAGAGCAACUUGACUACCAAAAAAUCCCCUUUAUUCUCAACUCCAAAUACUACUGUGUUCUCCAGCCCAGAGACUACUGAAUAUUCUGUGUGCACGAUUAUCCAUGAGGCAUCUCUUACACCAACUUCUGAAUGUAAUACCCACAGUGAAUUAGUUUGCACAAAAAAGUUGAACAAUAUGGAAAAUAACUUGCUGUCUUCUGCUUGUACUUCACCUCUCUCUUUGCUAAAUGCAAAUCCCAAAACAAAAUGUGGUACAAGUUGGGAAGCCCUUGAAUCUGCCGGUUCUUUUGCUUCCGAUAGCCUCAUCUUUGAGGAUGCGCUAGUUGACCCUUCCACUUGUGAAAAUUCAGAAAGCAGCAGUCUUGUAGAAGUAGAUGGAGAUUCUCAAGAUCUGCUGGUAACUGCAUGUGAAUACAAAAGAGAAGAUAUGAGCCAGAUGGCUUCCCCUUUGAAACUAAGGCAAAAGCAGGACGUCGGGCACAGUCGUGAGAGGAGCUCUGGGAAUAAUGCAACUGUUGAGGAGCUCUGUGUUGCUGCCCUGGAUUGCUCAAAUAACUUCAGGACUGCAAGGUGUCAGUUCCCUUUCCCAACAUACGGAAACCUUGGCUUUUUACGUCAUUAUCAUCAGAUAUCAGAUAUGCAAAAAGAUGAAAUGUAUACCUCCCAGGGAUCCCAACUUAAUGUACACUUGCCUGGACUGAAGAAUGCUUUGCCUUUCCCACCUUCUACAGUCAUCAAACAGACUAGUCCUUGCAAAUCCAAGAGUCUUGGUGACUUAACAUCAGAGGAUAUUUCCUGCAAUUUUGAAAGUAAGUACCAGUACAUAAGUAGAAGCUUUAUCACAUCUGGCAUGAGAGACAAGAAACUCGCUGCUAUGAAGAAUAUGAGACCACAUUCCACAGAUGCUCUGACAGAACAGCUGAGAAAAUUGGUGUCCCUGGACCAGGAUGACAGCUGUCAAACAUUGUACUCCAGGCAGAUUGAUGAUGACUGCCCAAAGGCACUGGUCAGAAAACUGUCAUCCAGAAGCCAGAGUAGAGUACGGAAUAUAGCCAGUCGUGCCAAGGAGAGACAGGAAGCCAGCAAGCAAAAAUUUUCUAAUGCAAGUAGCAUAGCAGGGGUCGUUCUUCGGAACAAGCCUUCAGCAUCUCCUCACACUAUCAACAGGCAUUCAACAGGCUCUUACAUAGCCAGGUACCUAAAUGGAUUUGCUGGGGAAGAUUCGGAAAGCCGAGGAAUACCAGAGGGUGCAUGUGCUGCUCUGCACUAUAGGUGUGGAGAUCAGCUGUAUGCACAUGAUUCUGUUGUGCAAUUGGAAUCCAGUAGUGAUGAUAAGCCAGAAAUAUAUUUCCUGCUGAGACUGUAG